AUGCUCUCGUCAAGGAAGAACUCUUUCUUUUUGGAGAGAAUCGCAAAGCUAGAAAAUUGCAGAUUUGAGGAGCUAUCUGUGAGGCUUAUUGAUUCUUAUGACAUUGGAGGCUCUGCUCUUUCUAUCAGAAAUGGAACAGAAGCAUUGAUAUGUUUUGAUCAAACACAAAAUAAAGCAUGCAAUUUGUUUGAUGGCUUUGAUGUAACGCAAGGUUUACCAUCCACGGAAGGUCACUGGGCUAGCGGUCUUGGCCUCUACAAAGGACAACCUGCUGCGGUAGGCGGGAGAAAGUUUCCGUUUUCAAACGAAGGAUACUCUGAAACUCUUUUUGAAGACGAAUGGAAAAUUCUUCCAGCGCAUCCAAAGUAUGUAUAA